AUGAUGGUGGGUGUGACGUGUUCCGCAGGCGCCGAGGUGUGUUACGGUAGACUCGGCUGCUUUUCUGAUGACAAACCCUGGGCAGGAACUACAGAACGCCCCAUCGCAAAUUUACCAUGGAGCCCAGAGGCAAUAAACACCCGUUUCCUGCUUUACACCAGGAAUAACCAGGACAGCUUCCAGGUGAUCAGCGUUACUACCCCUUCUACCAUCUCCUCAUCCAAUUUCCGUACCACCAGGAAAACCCGCUUCAUUAUCCAUGGCUUUACUGCAAGUGGAGAGAACACCUGGCUGUCCAACAUAUGCAGGAAACUGUUCCAGAUUGAAGACUCCAACUGCAUCAGUGUGGACUGGAGCGGAGGAUCCCGCACGGGGUACAUACAGGCGUCCAAUAACAUCCGCGUGGUGGGCGCAGAAGUGGCGUAUUUUGUAGACAUCCUCUCGAAAAACUUUGGCUAUUCUCCUGCCAAUGUUCACCUGAUCGGCCACAGCCUGGGGGCACACACUGCCGGGGAGGCUGGAAAGAGGAUGAAGGGCAUCGCUCGGAUCACAGGCCUGGACCCAGCAGAACCAUAUUUCCAGAACACAGCUGCAGAAGUCAGGCUGGAUCUAUCGGAUGCUGGUCUUGUUGAUGUGAUCCACACAGAUGCCGGACCUUUUAUUCCUAACCUGGGAUUUGGAAUGAGCCAGAUUAUUGGUCACUUGGAUUUCUUCCCAAACGGUGGAGUCAGCAUGCCAGGGUGUGCCCAGAACAAGGAAAAUCCCAAUGCCAAUGCUGAAAAUGUUUGGAGUGGAACAAUGGACUUUAUCACAUGUAACCACAACAUGGCCAUCACGUACUACACAGACAGCAUCGCCAACGCCAACACCUUUGCCAGCUACCCAUGCCGCAACUGGAAUACCUACCAGACGGGCGUCUGCGACUACUGUCCAAGUGAUGAAUGCGCCAAGAUGGGCCACUAUGCCGACACCUACCGCGGUAUCACCGGGUCCAGCCAAGUCUUCUACCUCACCACACCGUAACCAAUGAUACAGUAACAUUCCCAGAAGACGUUUACAGCCACCAACCAAUAGCUAAUACCAGCGAGGCAAUCUAUGAAGAAUAUAUCUGCUGCA